AAAAUAUGGCGUCCAAGAUCCGCGUGGUGCUGCGGCCGGUGAAGAGUAUCGUGGUCCGCUUCUGCCCCUUCGAGUCCAACGUGGAGAGCACGAGAAAAUUUCUUCAAUGUAUAAACCAUAAAAAAGUCCAGGCCACUAAUAGAAACUGUGAAGUGACUGCUGAUGUGAGACAUGAUGGGUCUGAACCGCUUGUAGAUGUUAUGUUUGCUGAUGGAGAGCGAUUGAUAAUGAAGGGAGCCAACUUGACGACAAUAGAAAUGUUAACAGCAUUGGGGUCCAGAUGUAAUUCAAAAGAGCUUAAGGAAGAACAGAAAAGCAAGAAGAGUCCCUGAAAAACAGAAAAACAACUGUGUUUGCAUUUACAUGUGUUAAAAACAGCAGGCUGCAUGGAAGGCGUUUCUCCUAUGCAACAAAAUUGAAAGAGAGAGAUGGCCAAAACACUGACAAGUUUAAAUUGCAGCAGAACAAACCAUUUAAAUAUUCCCCAUCUUCACCUGAAGGAAAACAUAGUGAAUCAACAAAUCUUCUAACACUAAUGGGUCAGAGUGGCUUAAGAUGCAUAAAUGCGUCUUUCUAAGCAGCUGCCUCCCAGUCGUCUGCAUGUCGGACUAGUAUCACAUGUAUUUGCGUAUCAAUGUGAAUAAUGCACAUUAGCUAUUAAAUUAAUAUUACCGUGAAGACAGAUCUCUGUGCACAUUAUUUCCUAGGAAAUUUCUAUACAGUGGAAUGCAAAAUAUAUUAG